UGUUGCCAACCAGCGAGUAAUGGCGCCGCAGACCGGAAGUACUGUCCCGAAGCUUGGCGCCUUGUUUGUCCCGCCCUGACUUGGAGAAAGAACCCCGUUUCAGCCUUCUAUUAUCAUAGACUUCACACCAGCUUUCAUCCGCUUUCAAGAUGGCUGAAACAGAUGUGGAUAAUGAACUGUUGGACUAUGAAGAUGACGAAGUGGAGAACCAGGCUGGAGUAGAUGGGCCUGAUGUAGCCCCCAAGAAGGAGAUUAAGGGAUCCUACGUAUCAAUCCACAGCUCUGGCUUCAGAGACUUUCUGCUCAAACCGGAACUGCUUCGGGCCAUUGUGGACUGUGGCUUUGAGCAUCCCUCUGAAGUGCAACAUGAAUGUAUCCCUCAAGCAAUCCUAGGGAUGGAUAUUCUGUGUCAGGCAAAAUCUGGCAUGGGAAAAACUGCAGUGUUUGUUUUGGCCACGUUACAGCAGUUGGAACCCGUAACAGGACAGGUGUCUGUUUUAGUUAUGUGUCACAUCAGAGAAUUGGCUUUCCAAAUCAGCAAAGAGUAUGAGCGGUUCUCCAAAUAUAUGCCAUCUGUCAAGGUGGCAGUGUUUUUUGGUGGUCUGUCUAUUAAGAAAGAUGAAGAAAUGCUUAAGAAGAGCUGCCCACAUAUUGUUGUGGGAACCCCUGGCCGAAUCCUGGCACUGGCAAAAAACAAGACACUAAAUCUCAAGCACAUCAAACACUUCAUCCUGGAUGAGUGUGACAAGAUGUUAGAGCAGCUAGACAUGCGAAGAGACGUUCAGGAAAUUUUCCGCAUGACCCCACAUGAGAAGCAGGUCAUGAUGUUCAGUGCCACUCUGAGCAAGGAGAUUCGCCCUGUCUGCCGGAAAUUCAUGCAAGAUCCGAUGGAGAUCUUCGUUGAUGAUGAGACCAAGCUGACCCUUCACGGACUGCAGCAAUAUUAUGUCAAACUCAAGGACAACGAGAAAAAUCGCAAACUUUUCGACCUUUUGGAUCUUCUGGAGUUUAACCAGGUGGUGAUCUUUGUGAAGUCUGUCCAGCGAUGCAUUGCGCUGGCACAGCUUUUAGUUGAACAAAACUUUCCAGCAAUAGCCAUUCACCGUGGAAUGUCACAGGAGGAAAGGCUCUCCCGUUAUCAGCAAUUCAAGGAUUUUCAGCGUAGGAUCUUGGUAGCCACCAACCUCUUUGGGCGUGGGAUGGACAUUGAAAGAGUGAACAUUGCAUUCAACUAUGAUAUGCCAGAAGAUUCGGACACUUACCUGCACAGAGUGGCCCGUGCAGGCCGAUUUGGCACAAAGGGUUUGGCUAUCACAUUCGUCUCCGAUGAGGGAGAUGCCAAAAUCCUCAAUGAAGUUCAAGAUCGGUUUGAAGUCAACAUCAGUGAAUUGCCUGAUGAAAUUGAUAUCUCUUCAUACAUUGAACAGACGCGGUGAAUUUGGACAACUGCUCAACGUCCUUCAGUCUGCUGUACAGCACCUGCACCUAAAGCUCCUCCCUACACCUGAUUUCUGGAGGGCCGAAGGAAUCACCAACUUAACCUGUUAAGAUGAAGAGUUUGGUGCUUUAAAUCUGUAUCCAGCCCACUUCCGUGUACUGUACUAAAAGCAGAUUGUUGCUCGGUUUGUUAAUCCCUUAUCCUGGUGAGGACCCACAGACUGUCUCUCAAUUGGACAUUUGGAGUAAGGAUGGUGGGUGCUGCUACAAAAAAUGUCGAAGGAUGUUAAUAAGGAAGCAAAUUCUGUGGGUUCCUUGUAUAGUGUUACAGUUGGUUAUAGUUUGUUUUUAUUUUAACUCCAUUAAGGGAGGACCAGUUUUUUUCUUUUUAGUGACUGCCCUGCCCUGCACAUGACCAGUGCUGUCACCUUCCUGUAUUUUGUGACUUCUAACUUGAAAUUGUCACACCAAAAAAGAAAAAAAAUUAAACACUACACAAUUCUCA